AUGAGAUUAAGACGUACAUGUAAAUUAUUGAAUGAAUUAAUUAUUAUAGUUAUUAAUGAUGAAAUUUUUAUUACGUAUAAUCUUGGAUGGGCUAUAGCGUCAUUAUAUUAUUACAAAUUCAUUAAAAACACUGCAUGCGAGUUAACUUCGUAUGAUUACGUUAAUAAUCAAUUUUGUUUCACUAUUAUUAAUGAAGAUCAAGAAUUCAAAUGUGGAGAAAAUUUAUUCGUUCAUUUAUUUUGGAAUGAUGAACUGGUUUAUUAUGGAUCCUGUUAUAAUGUGGGUGAAAGUGAUGAUGAUUAUAAUGUUGUUGAUGAACAUAAUUUUGAUGACCAUAAUGUUGACCAUAAUUUUGAUAACAAUAAUGUUGACUAUAAUGAUGAUGAACAACAACAACAACGAGAAUUAUUCGUUAAAGGUCAAGAAGAUCAAGGUAAUGAUAGUAAACAACAAAUACAGUGGGUCUUUAAAGAAAUAAAAUUUCAUAAUAGUGCUUUAGGAAUAAAAAGAGGUCCUAAAAAAGGAACUUAUCAAAUUACUUAUGUAAAAAUUGGUGCUAUUGAAAUUUAUAAGCGAUUAGAUAGUUUGGAUGAAAUCAAUCACCACGUGAAUUGA